GUUCUCCGGGGACGUGGAUUCUGGCGCGGAGCUGAAGGCUGUUCGCCACAUCCAGCCAGGAGACGAGCUGACCCAUCUCUACAGCGAGCUCUCCUCCGCUGCGCUCUGGGCGAGCUACGGCUUCGUCCCUGACGAGCCCAUGGAAAAUCCCCACGAGGUCGCCUUGAUCGAUGUGCCGCUGGAAGAGGAGGCCGUGUCGUCUCACAAGGAGCUGCUGAGAUCGCUGGCGCCCAGGCAUUGGCGAGACGAGAAGACCCUGCUGUUCGAGGUUCCCUGGGACGCAGAGGAGGAAACUGGCCCCGUGUAUGCAACGCUGUUUGCGCUGCUAGCGCGGGAAGCGGAGUCUGCGGAGCUUGCAGGGGACGGCGCCAUCCCUGCAAGGCUGAGGCUAGCCGCAGCAGAGGUUGUCCGACACAGGAUCCAGGAUGCCUUGCAGAAGAAUCUUGCAAGUGAGCGGGAGCUGUCUGGCAAAGAUGUGGCCGGCCGAAGGCACACCGACUUCGAGGGCAAGCUCCAAGUUGCUGCGAUUCGGCUGCUGCGAAACGAGAGGCCUCUCUUGGAGGAUGAGCUGGCCUUCACCGAAGAUCAGUGUUUGUCGUUUGCGGCCGAGCUCGAAGAAGAACCGAGCUAG